AUGAAAACUCUUUCAAAUUCAUCUCAUCUCUUUUUCUUUCUUCUUGUCCUCAUCUUGUCAUGCUCAUCAGUAGCUUUUGCUGAUAAGCAAGACAACUUUCUUCAAUGUCUCUCCAAAACAACCAACUACUACUCCAUUUCAAAUGAUGUCUACACUCAUGCAAACUCAUCUUACACUUCCAUCCUCCAAUUCUCCAUCCGAAACCCUAGAUUCGCGUCGGACUCCACUCCUAAACCUCAAGUGAUCAUAACCCCAGAACACGAAUCCCAGAUCCCGCCUGUCGUACACUGCGCCAAGAAAAGUGGUCUGGAGAUCAGAACACGGAGCGGUGGCCAUGACAUGGAGGGACUGUCUUAUGUCUCCCAUGUCCCGUUCGUGGUCAUCGAUUUAAUCAAUCUCAGCGAAGUUACUGUCAACGUGGAUGAGAAAAUGGCAUGGAUUGAGACCGGUGCGACAACUGGAAUCGUAUACUACAAGAUUGCGGAAAAGAGCUCCACUUUAGGGUUUCCUGGUGCUAUUUGCACUACUGUCGGUGUCGGUGGCCACUACAGUGGAGGAGGCUAUGGCACAAUGCUGAGAAAAUACGGCCUCGCUGGAGAUAACGUCGUUGAUGCAAGAAUAAUCGACGCCAAUGGCAGAAUCCUCGACAGAAAAUCAAUGGGAGAGGAUCUUUUCUAG